CGAAAACAAACAAUUGCUGUCAAAAUGGACCUAACCACAAAAUUAUUAAUCAGAACAUUUAUUUUGUAUGAUUUGAAUCUAACUUUGAGGUAUUGAUAGUUUAAUAACUAUCAAUGAAUUUGUUUAUGAGUCUUUUAAUAUACGUUUUACUUAUUAUUAUUCAAAAUACGACUAGUUAUAGGGAUUAUGAUAUAGAUCAAGAAGUAUGUUUCAAAGAAGACUCUGGUCAAAAUCAAUGUAGUCAAAUAGAAAAAGAGAAUAGGUAUAUUUUUUAUGAUGUCAACCCUUCCGAAGGUUUUAAUUUGAGAAGAGAUGUGUAUAGGAGAUUUGCAGUACUAGCAAAGCACCUCGCCGAGUCUAAUAAUCCGAAACUAAAAAAUUUCAAACUGGUAUUACCACCAUGGUCCCAUUUGUAUCACUGGACAUACUCAGAUAAAGCGGAGUUGAUACCAUGGGGUUAUUAUUUUGAUAUACCAAGCUUGAAAGCCUUUGCUCCAGUUAUUGAAAUGUAUGAAUUUUUUGAAGAGGAACAUAAACCUGGCCAAACCAUGACUGUCAUUGAUGAAGUUUAUGUGAUGAAAAAUUGGAAUGAAAUGAUGAAAUCAGGUAACUUUAUGAAUAAAUUGGAAGUAGCAGCAUGUGAUCAAGAAGAGCAAAUAUCAUAUUUUUAUUAUACAAAUAUCACCUCAAACAAUGUGAAAUGUAUGAGAUUUCAUGGUCCAUCUACACUUUUGACUCAAAUACUUUCUGCAUCUUCAGCACGAACAAUACUAUUUGCACAUGCUGAGGUGGCCCUACAUCCAACAUUUGGAGACUCAUUGUAUUGGACUGCCAGAAGAAGUUUGAGAUAUAACAAAGAAAUGAAAAUUGUAGCCAAUGCCUUCAGAGAAAGACAUUUAUCUUCUAGUAAUGAGGCUGAUAAUAUUCACUUACAGGAUAAAUGGCAAGAUGAUAAGCCUAGAAGAAAUGCUACAGGAGGGCCAUAUUUGGGUGUUCAUAUGAGAAGAAGGGAUUUUUUCAUUGGACGUCCUAAGCAAUUUCCUACUUUAGAAUGUGUAGCUAAGCAAAUUGCAGAUACUCUUCAGAAACUCGGCCUAUCUGUUGUUUUCUUAGCAACAGAUGCUCCUUCAUCAGAUGUGGAGGCUCUACAAUACUACCUACCAAAUAACGUUAUCCUAGUUAAAUUUAUACCACAAGUAAGAUUUGUUGAACAUUAUAAAGACGGAGGUACAGCCAUCAUAGACCAAUUGCUUUGUGCCCAUGCUAGAUAUUUCAUAGGUACAGGAGAUAGUACUUUUACCUUUAGAAUUUUUGAAGAGAGAGAGAUAUUAGGUUUUCCAACAGAAGCAACAUACAACAUUCUAUGUGCGAAUGAAAAUAAUUGCCAAAGGCCUGCAGUUUGGAAAAUUGUGUACUGAUUUUCUUAUUUAUAUAACGGAUUUUGUAACUAUUCAAUAAAGACUCUUCAAGUAA